AACAUCGAACCAGUUAAGUUUGCUAUUGUGACUAAAAAUGGUGCGAAAUUUGAAGACUUAGACAUAGAAGGUUUGUUAGCAGUCAAAGAAAGUUUUGACAGAAGGUUUUCAAACCUUAAAGAAGGCAAAGCAUACAAACUUGUUAUACCUUAUGAACCAAAGAAAGCAGACGACUAUGAAUAUUAUGAGUCUAAGAUAGUUGAAGUUCAAGGUAAAUUGGGUAAAAAGAUUUUAGAGUCUAAGCCAGUGUUUGCUCCUAAAGAGGAAGAGAACAUUGACAUUGACCCAGAAAUGUUCUAA